AUGUCGUCCAACGUGUUUGGGACUCCAAUCACCGACGACUAUAUAAAGGGAUUGCCAGGUGCUCCUGCGAUCAAAACGCCGGCGGUGAGGGCGCAGUAUGCCAUGAACUACAUCAACGACGGCAGCAAGAACGUCGAAGCGCAGACCUACGUCGACAACCUCAAAUCCCAGUACGGCAACGGAAUCACCUGCCGUAUUGUGUUUUACAACCCCACCGGCGGCACCCUCACCUACGUCACCGCCCACGACUACCACGGCCACAUCGGCGCCGCCCCUUACCCUCUCAAGUUGCAGAACGGCCAGUGGGGCGCCUUUCUCCACGUCCAUGGAACCCUGGUUUAUUGCUCCGGCGCCGCCGUCUACGACGGUCUGAACGGAGAGGGAGAUGGCCGCGACUGA